GCACGUUGCUGUGAACAUGUGAACCGUAUUUUGCGUUCAGCAGACCGUAGUUUUUUAUGACUUAUUAUAAUCAUCAGGUAUAACCGAUUCAUGAACAGUUCAUAUUAAUGAAUGACAGCGCGUCAUCGGUAACUGUAUGAGCGAGUGUUUUACAGUCAUGGGGGAUCAUAUCGAGUUAGUCGCUGGCUGCUAUGAGCAGAUAGUGUUUGGAUAUCGAGUGUGCCCUGCUGAUGAGGAGUGGACAAUUGAGCCCACCUUCACCCAUCAUGCACACACAGCAUCACUGAACGCAGUCUCAUCCAGUAAUCAGUUCAUCGCCACUGGAAGCAAAGAUGAAACCAUUCAGCUCUAUGAUAUGUGCAAGAAAACUGAGCAUGGGGCUUUGCUGCACCAUGAUGGUACCAUCUCUUGUCUGGAGUUCUAUGGGACGUCCCAUUUGCUCAGCGGAGGACAAGAUGGUCUUAUCUGUGUGUGGAGCACCAAAAAAUGGGAAUGUUUGAAAACCAUCCGAGCUCACAAGGGUCAAGUUACUUCUCUGUCUGUACACCCUUCUGGAAAGCUUGCACUCUCUGUCGGAACAGACAAAACUUUGAGAACAUGGAAUCUUAUCGAAGGACGUUCAGCUUUCAUCAAGAAUAUUAAACAGAAUGCAGAGAUCGUCUUGUGGUCACCAGAUGGAGACAAAUAUGCAGUGGUUGUGAAUGAUAAAGUGGACAUUUACACUUUGGAUUCUGCCACCAUUAUUGGAACCAUUGCAUUCACAAAAAGGAUUUCAUGUCUGAAGUUUCUGAAGAACUCACUUCUGGCUGUUGGAGGAGACGACGAGAGUGUUCGCAUUUAUGAUGUGACUUCACAAAAGUGUGUCUGUGAGUUUAAAGCACAUGAAAACAGAGUAAAAGCCAUCGAGAGCUUCAUGAAGGAUGAUUUUUGUGUCCUUGUAACGGCAUCAAAUGAUGGAUUCAUUAAGUUGUGGAAACUCAAUCUUGAGUCUAUAGAGUCUCCUACAUUGCUUGGCCAGCUGAACACCACUGCCAGACUCACCUGCUUGUGUGUUUGGAUGCCCGGUGAAACCAAAGAAACAGCAGAACAACCUGCCCAGGCCACAACCUCUGAAGAUGUUUUGGAUCCACUUGUGCCUGUCAGAAGUAAAAGAGUGAGGAUUCUGGGAGAGGAGGUGAUUAUGGAGGACGAAAAGGGCUCCAAAACACAAGGAAAAAAGAAGAAAAGGCAAAAGGUUCAAUAAAUGGUUUUUAAAAAAUUA